AACGAGCUUACCAAAACCCUUAUUUUCUGUCCAUUCCAUAUCCUUUCUUAUCAGCCCAGCCCUGAUAUCGCAUGCGACACUCCCUAGGUAGAGCAUUGCCGGAUUAGACACCAGUCACUCCUUGUUCUCUUCCUUCAUUUUGCUUCCCACGAGCCAUCUUUCACAUCUUUCAGCACCCACUCUGCAGCAUACUUUCCGUUCGUCUCGCCGUCUAUGGCACCGAGCACACCGUCACCUCCACCUGUCCUUGUUCCAUCUUGGGAGCAAGCUGCUUUAGCUAUCGUAAUCAUCCAAUCGAAGCCAUCCAAGAUACCAGUGCGGGAGUACGUCCUCCAGCUGCGUGCUCAGGUGAGACGCGGACAAAACCCCGCUGAUGCCGACGAGCCGGAUCAUUACCUCGACCUUGUCGCAUAUUGGCAGGAGCAAUGCAGGCGGGCGCAAGACGAUUGCGAUCAACUGAGAAGCAUCAACAUUAAACUUGAGCGAUCCAACGAGCUGCUCUCAAGUCAGGCGAGCGCCGACACUCCUGACAUCAAUGUCGCUCCGCGCGCUUCGAAACGCAAAGCACCAGCAGUUCCACCAGCCAGACCACAAAAGCGACCUAAACCACCACGAUCAAAGACACCUCAGCAACUCGGCGCUGAAGCUCAAGACACGAUCGAGAAUGAUAAAGAUUUUCUCGACGGAUUAGGAAAAGAUGGCAAGAGUCUCACGGAGGCUUUGUUCAUUACACAUAACCUGUGUAGAGUGGCGAAGCCGGAUGCCGAGCCUCUCUGCCUUAGUCUUGUUCGUACUUCUUCGGUGCUUGGCAAGGUCAUUUGUCUCGUUGCAAGCAACCAUGAGCAACUCACACGCCAGGGGCGAACAACACCAGGAACCGCAUCUUUGGAUCAAGACAGAACCGACUUCUCUAUUGCAUUGUCGAUAUGUGCACGAGCUUUCAUGUCAAUACUUGUCGGCACUGGUAAGCUGGCUGGCUGUGGUACGGACCAGCGGCUGCCCAGUUUAGUAAUAUGUGAGCUGGCAAACACGUUCAAAUCAGGACUCACGUCAAUCGAAACGUCAGCUCGUGAAUCAUCCCGACAGAUCGUGUCGCAGCCAGUUCAACCGAAGAAAGGCAAAGGCAAAGCACCCGUAACUGUUGCCCAUGAGUCUGUCCCAGCGCGAGCGGUGGCACAUCUUCUGAGCAGCUUCCUUGGGUUUCUCGAAAGGACAGAUUCCACUCAUCAGAAGAUAUUCGAUGGCUUUAUUUUCAUGCUUUUCGAACGGAUUGGAAAGCGACUUUACUACUGCACGUUCGGGCGACACCGCAGCACUACGGUUGAAGGCAACAUUGUAUCCAUACCAGAGCCUCACAAUGCAGCCGAUACUUCGAAGCGCGAGAGAGAAGCACUCGCCAUUCGAUUGGAGUUAAAAGCACUCGUUUUGAUAUUGGAAAGGGCUAUGGGAUUGGCUCCUCACCAUAUGAAUCUCCAAACGGGCCGAGAAACCAAGAACGUCAACCACCCUAACUGCACGUUGAGUUUGAAAAAUCCGCCGAAUGCCUCGAGGUCCCGGCUAAGUCCGAUUGCAAAGGAUCGCCUUCAACGGACUCUCGUGUGUUGCAUGUACGGAACCAACGGGGAUGAUGAAUUUCUCGAUGUUCUUACGAAACCAACACCUGCUUUUCGGCUCGCUUCACUGCCGAGAGUUGCUAAGGUCGACGACAAAGAUGUGGAAGAUUGGUAUAAGCAUGAGGUGUGGCGACUCAUUGGAUGGGAUGUUCUUGCGAAAGAAGGUAGUUGGUGAGUGCCAUCUUGGAGUUCAGAUUAUUUACAACUCAUUGAAGGAGGUAUAAUUGAGGCAUGCUAAUACACGGUGGUCUCCGCGCCUACUAUCCAAAUUGUGAACUGUCUGUGAGCUCUCGUGAAUACCAGUUCACUCAGCCGAACGGGAUGCCUUCAGUCAUGCGUAGUGUCCCCAUCCUGCGACGCCUCCGCCUACAAAGGCGUGCUUUCAAGCAUUACUAUACCUUGAGGAUGCAAUGACUGGCU